AUGCCACGGAAAGGAUUUGUCUUGGUUAUAGAAACAAUCGUCAUCUGCUUAAUGUCAUGUAUGACACUAUCUCCAUCCAAGUUUCCAGAAUUCAUUGUUGUAACCAACGCAAGUCUUUUAACCUUUGGUGACACAGUUGUCAUCAAAUGCCUUAUUGCAAACAUGACUCUUAUGGACGUUGUCACUGGUUAUACUUUGACGUGGUUUAAGGAUGACGUCAGAGUCACGGAGUCGUUCACAGUGCUUUCUAAUGACGUUAGAGAUUCAAGAUACAGCUUAAAUAUUUUUGCAGAAGAGGGAAAAGGAUUUGUUUCCUCGCUGCAAAUCAAAAGUUUGAAAGAAGAAGAUGAAGGAUUAUUUACAUGUGAACUUCAGAAUAACACGUCUGCAAAACAACAAAAAUCAGUGUCAAUAAGCGGUAUAAUAGUUGAGAGCUUUUUCUUAUUCAGGUCGAUUCUAAGUGAUGAGGAAAGCAGCACUUCUACAACACAGAUCCAGAAUAUAGAUAGAAAUACAACCGACACGAGCAUGUAUAUGGAAAGUAUCACAGAAAGCAACCUAGAAAAGGGAAAUGAUUCUGUGUCUAUCACCAACGACACCUUCAAAGACAACAAACUAACAACACAGACUAAUGUUGUCUCUUUCGUGGAGGGCACGACUGCAUCACUCGAAGGUGAAUUUCAUUCAGAAAAAGAUAACAAAGCUGGUAUGAUUGUUGGAAUUAUGGUGCCAAUUAUUCUUAUUCUUGUGACCACCAUUACAGUGGCAUUUAUUAUAAAACGACGGGGUGGCAUCAAUUGGGAAAUCUGUUACCAUAAAUCUAAAGGAAAGGACUAUGAAAAGCCACAUCAUGAACUCAUUAACAUAGACUAUGAAAAUAGAAGAAAGAAGAGGAAAAGUAACUACAUUAAGUGUAAUGAUACAACUUUUCUAGACGAAUACAAUGUAAUACAAGAAGAACAAAAAACAACCCCCCCUCUUGACUAUGCUGACAUAGAGUUUGUAGUCAAAAAGAAAAAAAAAGUGGCAAGCCACUCAGAGGCUAACCAGGAACGGAGGUUAGCCACCAGACCUGUAAUUCGUCUUGCUGAUCUGUCUGGCAACCAGGCUGUUGUGUACAGUGUGUCUGCCUGA